AAACUGCAGUUUGAUGAAGGUUGUGUGAAACAUGAGUGGUGUUUCCUUUGUGUCUGAGGCCGAACUUGACGAAGUACGUGAAAAACGACAAAAAGAGUGGGAGAAAGUAAGAAAAGAAGAUGAUCCUCUUGGUAAGUACUAAGUCGUUAUUUAACUUUAUUGGCAAAAGAUGCAAUUGUAAACAAAGUGUUCACAGAUUUCCUCUCUGAAAUAAAUCCUAUUUUGAACUGCAGAUGAAGAUAUGAAAGUGAACAUGAUCUUUGCAGUAGAAUGAACAACCUAAGCGGUUGAAAAAGAACCUGAAAAUAUUCAGGCUUGACCAAGAAGAGAGUGUUUCGUUUGGUCAUUGCAAAGGUGUGAGUUCCUGGUCAAGCCUGUUUUUUUCAAGUACUUUUCCAACCACUUAGGUUGUUCAUUCUACUGUGUAGAUCAUGUUCAUUUAAAAGUAAACUCUCUCUUAAAAGAUGUCUCCAUAAGACAGACAUCUCAUACAAACAAACACCUAGAGCUGACUCUCAGUAAGAUGAACAUCGCUGCAAAACAACCACAUAGUGUCAGUACCAAAGAUGUCCAUGUGGUGGAGAGUUGACUAUAUUCAUAGCCAGUUUAAAAUAGUGCAUUUCAUCACAUGAAUAUUGCUCCUCUAGCUCUUCUGCAAUAAAAUCUCAGCUUUUUGCACUUGAGUCAAAACGGAUCUCCUUUGGUAACCUCUUGAAGGGAAUGGCCAUUUCAGAAUAAAAUGAGCCUUCAACGUACAAAAAUCAGUGUUAUUGCCCAUUUCUGAUCUACAUGUACACGCCUGUAUGCAAUUAAAUUGGCGUACAGUUGCAGUGGCCCCAUCGUCGGAGACCCAGGGGCAGAUAAAGGGGGCGAGGGAAAGUCUAAACGGGCGGAAAAAUAUAUAUGGAACCAAGAAAAGUAAAGAACGGCGAGAAGAGCCCCUGGGAACAAUGUCUUACCAGACCAGUUCCAAACGGUCGCCGCUGUUCUGGCUUCUGAUUGGUGCCAGAAAACUUGUGUUUUUCUGGCACCAAUCAGAAGCCAGAACGGUGGCGACCGUUUGGAACUGGUCUGGUAAGACAUUGUCCCCAGGGGCUCUUCUCGCCGUUCUUUACUUUUCUUCGUGCCAUAUUUUUCCACCCGUUUAAACUUUCCCUCGUCCCCACUAUCUGCCCCUGGGUCUCUGAGGAUGCAGUGGCCCCAGUAAAGUAUUUUAUGCUAUGAGCAUAUGAAAACAGACAAGUGUAGGUUCUUUUUUUUGCCAGAGUGUCCUGAACAAGUCCAUGACAAUAAGACUCUUUAUGAGCGAUUACAGGAACAGAAACAGAAAAAGCAAGAUGAAUGGGAUGAACAGCAUCAGCUGAGUAUGUAUACCAACCAAUUGUGUGAUAAUUAUGGCUGAAACUUUUUCCUCACAGCAAGCCCUCUAAACAAUAUGAACCAGUUCACACCAAAAGGUAUUUUAAGUGGGCCCCAUGGUUUUUUUGCAAUUCUUUGCAACUCACGAAUAAAAGUCACAUUCACUAACCAACCAUGAAGUGACCUGUGAGCUAACCUGUGACCAGCUUUUUAGCCCCACUGUUGUUGCUGCUGUCUCCUAGAGAUGUUCAUGAUUGUAUUAAUCACUGGUAUUUUCUUUCAGAAAACAUGAUACGAGGUCUUGAUAGUGAUGAAACACUAUUCCUUGACCUGGUUUCUAAACAGCAAGAAGAAAUAGCCAGUCGGAGAUUUAAUGAAGAGUCUCAGGAAAUAAGAGAAUAUAGGGUACGUUAGCAGCUAUCAAUUUGGAACCAUUAGGAUUUUCUCUUUAGCCCAUCCAUUUGUACCGCCAUUACUAUAUUUAACAUCUGCGUGAGUUGUUUGACAAAUUCAAUUGACUGCACAAAGAAAAUUUCAUUCUCCUCAUGUUGGUGUUCCAACACAGUGAAUUGGUGUCCAUAUUGGUGUACCAAGCCAAUCUACUAGGAUUUGAACUCUUUUCUUAUGUAAACACAUUCAUUAUUUUGUUAUAAUGAAUUUGCAUAGCUACUGCUCAUGUGAGUGAAGUGCUCUAUUGAUAAAAUUCUUGUACAGUCUUAUACAGGGGUAUGUGUAUUCCAAGUGUGAGAAAUAAAUCUCCAAACUGAAUUAAAACUAAAUCAUUACAAAUUCUGUCGUUUUUCUUCGGUCUGCAGGAUGCAGUUUCUCAGUUUCAAAGUACAGUAGCUGUGCCUGCAGACAUCAAACUGCCUGGGUCAGCAGUAUUAAAUACGAAAUCUUCUCAAGAGUCUGGCACCAAAAAAUCCCAGUUACAACUAAUUGCAGGAGCAAUAAAAAGGAAAGGGUAGGUUUGACCUGCAUUUAGGGAAAGUUCAUUUAAUAUGACAAGGGGGGGGGUGACGAUAUUGAGGGGGGGCUCCAAAAGUUUUUAGACACCCGAAGGGGGGGCUCUGAAAAAAUUGUUGCGCUAGGAAGGGGGGCUCCGAAAAUUUGUAUACUUCAAAACCAACACAUGACAUCAUCAUACAGAUCGGAUGGUUUUCAACUCAACAAUUUAAUGACCUGUGCAACUCAGCUAUAUCACGUGGUUUACAGAUAUAACAAAUGUAGUCUCAGUAAUUAUUACACUCUUGUUCAUCCCAAAAAUGCUUUAGAAAAUUGUAUCACAACUGUAUCUCAACUUUGUCAUAGUAUAAACCAUUGAAGACAAUAACGGUAAAUAUAUUUAAUACAGUCUAGCGAUCUUUUUUCAGGGGAGCAAAGGAAUUGAAGGAGGAGGGGGGGGUUCUGAAAUUUUUUCGACUACCAAGGAGGGGGCUCCUAAAAAAUUGAACCGCUUAGCGAGGGGGGCUGCUAAAAUUUCAAGCUUCGAGUUUCAAUAUCUUCAUCCCCCCCCUUGUCAUAUUAAAUGAACUUUCCCUUAUAGUUUGAAAGGCCAUUUACAAAUGAAUGAAUGGGUGAGGUUCAAAUGAAGUUAGUUCAGUUUAAACUGAGUUUAAAAAAAAUUCCCUGCUCGCACAGAAGAAAGUUAAUUUACGUGGCUGCACUACCACAAAAAGGGUCAAAAGGUGACAUUUCAAGUCUUAGCCCAGCCAUUUGAGUUUGUUGCCAUAGGACACCCAAUGUCUUGUUACUUUGUAGGAUUUUGUCAGAGCAAAUAAAGCACUUAUGUGGGUGUGUGGAAACAACAUAACAUGAAAACAAAAGUAGAGGAUGUGGAAGAAGAGUAUAUAUUGCUUCUGUGGGGAUUUGAACUGCCAAUUAAAAAUAUUUAAGACUCUUUCAGACUAUGAGCAGUCUCUCGUUUUUUUGAGUCUGUCCAGCCAAAUGUGGAAGAUAUGAAAAUGACCACAAGCAUGUGCACUGCCUUCACUAAAUCUGAUGAAAAGGAGAGACUGCUUACAGUCUAAGACUCUUUAUAAGGAAAGACCACACAUUGUCCCUUUUUGCAUGUAUAUAAUUAUUCUGAUGAUUUGUGAUAGUCAUGGUACAGCUAAUAAUAAGGAAACAUGCUUUUUGUUCUGAAAAUGUCCUGUUGUUUGUAAAAAUAACAAUAGAAAUGUUUCUUUUUUUAUAUGAUGGAACACAAAGUAAGGAAUGGAUGAAUUGAUUUAGAAAGCGAUGAAACAAGAAAAAAAAACUCAGGGUGCAUUCACUUACCAUGGCUUUGAAGCAAUACAUUAUAAAUUGCUCUUUGAAACGUUUUCUUACCUCUUAACUCAAGAAUGUUUUCCAAUGGGCAAGAGUGUGUCACACGCUGUGUCAAGACUUCUUAACUAAUCCUAGGGCAAAUCAAAACUCACUCACAUGUGAUCAGGUCAUGCACCUUGAAGUCCUAGAACAUCUAUGUGACUCGAAAGGAACAUCAAGUUUUUUUUUUCUUGAUUCCCAAUGUUCUCUCAGGGAAACGUUGAGGAUCUCAGGGAAACAAACUUGCUGUCUGCCUUGGAGCCAGUAAUUAUGUACUUUUUAUCAGCCUUUAACUCAGCCAUUAUGUCCGACCUUCAGAUGGUGAUUAAAAAAACCUCACCUUCCAGUUGCUAAACUUUUUUUUCAUCACAGUUGAAAAGCAUCUAUUCUUGAUGAUCUGAUGAACAUUGAAAGAAAAUAAUUGCAGUAGCUUAUGAUAUAGUUUAAUUUUUCUUUUCUUCAAAAAAUAUGGUCCAUCUUAGGAGAAGAGAGGAAAAUAUGACUGUACAUUUUUUACAUGGCUUCUUUCAGGAAAGAUCAAGUUAGCUUGUGUGCGUCUUUCUUUGCUGUGACCUAAACGUCUCGUUUUCUUUUUAUAGCAACAGUGAGAAGACAUCGCCAGAAAAGAGGACAAAAGUUUGUGAGGAGGUUAAAGAAAGUAAGUUGUCUUUUACUGCCUAUGGCACCUGUUAAGGUUAAUGUGCAGAAGUCCGACUUAAUGUCAGGUUGUUUUCCUGAUGUCAAGUAAAUUGAAGUGUGGCACUGUUAUGUUUCACAUGUUAUUUCAAGCUUUGAAGCAUAAUUCCUCUUUGUCUCACAGGUAUGUUGUACUCUUUGCUAUCUUCGGCAUUCAGUUGUAUCAAACCCAACAUGAAAUGUGAAUGUGCCAACAUGUACACAGCCUGCUUCUCUGCUCUCCGCCAGAAGGGUGACUGUGAACCCCGUUUCCAAGCAUUAAAGUUUUGAUACUUGUCUUGCCCGGCUUGAAACCCUUCUUGGGUUGUAGACGUCCUGUGCUUUCACAGCACAAAGUAAAAGGUCAUCAUUACAGGAGUUGAACUGAGGGCGGUGACUCCCUCUAUGAUGUUAGUUAUAAGAAGAAAUUAUUUUAAAACUUUUAUUGCAUUGCAGUGGUUGCUCAUUUUACAAGAUCACUGGUUUCAAUGUUUGAAAUAAUUUAAUGUUUUUCAGAUCAUACAGCUGUUGGCAAUAAUCAGGAAAACGAAAAUGCAUCAGCCAAGCAACGACACACAAGUUUAGUUGAAAAUAAAACCACGGAUCAACUUCCUGCCAAUGAAGCUAAAACUAAAACAGAGCAAAAUCAAGAAGGGAAGCAAACACCGGUUAUUCCUGGUCUUGGGAUAUAUUCAGAUUCAAGCGACUCAGAUACAUCAGAUUCUGAUGAAUGA